AUGAGUGUGGAAGGUUUGACUGAAGUGGAGAGGCUGAAGGAGUUGAGGUUGGAGAGAAAAGUGAGAGGACGAUUGGAAGUAGAGAAUGAGAGGUUGAGGGUAGAGUGUAAGAAGCUGAAGAGCAAGUUAGAGAAAAUGAGGGGAAUGCUAAGGAGUGUGAAAGUGGAAAUGAAAGAAGCAGAGAAAGGAGCGGAACAGCGGAUGGCUGAGAUGGUGGGUGAAAAGUUGGGGUUGAUAAUGAGUGAUGUGCAAGAGAUGAUGAAGGAAAUGAUGAAAGGGUUUUUUGGAGAGGGAGCUGUAGGAGGUAGGCCUACUGGGUCUUGUGAUGGGCCAGGAGCAAUUAAGAAAGUGAAAGAACAAGUGGAUGAAAGUGUGAGUGAGGAAAGUAAUAUGGUUGUGGUAAAUAAGGAGAAGAAAGAGAAGGUGCAGAAUAGGGAUAGAUCAGAGCAGAAGGGUAAGAAGGGAGUUGAGAGUAAGGAAAGAGCUAAAGGGAAGAAGAUUAGUAAGGAUCGUGGGCAAAAUAAGAAGAGAAUGAAUGAAGAUGAGAAUAGAGUUGAGAGUAAGGUGCAGGAUGAGAGUGAUGAAUUUAGAUAG